AGCGAGAAUCCCUUCCUUCGCCAUGGAGUCCUUUUCUGAGCUUUCCUUGCAGUUUUCCCAGCUGUCCAUGUUCCCUUUCUUUGAGACGGCUCAUUAUCUGACUUCUGUGAUGUCUGCCAGGGAGCAAGCAGGUGCUGUGGAUGUAGCAUCUCGCAGUCCUUUGGCAUCCUGGUUUAGUUCCAUGCUUUACUGCUUUGGAGGUGGCAUUUUAUCUUCUAUUCUGCUUGCUGAACCUCCUGUUGGAAUUCUUUCAAACACUACUAGCAUUAUAUUGGCAUCUGCAGUAUGGUACAUGGUGUAUUAUUUCCCUUAUGAUCUCUUCUACAAUUGCUUCUUUUUCCUUCCUAUCCGACUCAUCCUUGCAGGGAUGAAGGAAGUGACCAGGACAUGGAAGAUAUUAUCAGGGGUGGCACAUGCUCAUAGCCACUAUAAAGAUGCAAUGCUAGUCAUGAUAACUAUAGGUUGGGCUAGAGGUGCUGGAGGAGGAUUGAUCUCCAACUUUGAACAACUAGUGAGGGGUGUCUGGAAACCAGAGAGCAAUGAAUUCCUCAAAAUGUCAUACCCUGUAAAGGUGACCUUAAUUGGAGCUGUUUUGUUUACAUUACAACAUGGCCAGUACCUUCCUAUCUCACGGCAUAAUCUCAUGUUUAUCUACACACUGUUUCUAAUACUGAUUAAGGUGACCAUGAUGCUGACACGUUCUACAGCCUCUCCAUUUCUACCUCUUGAGACAUCCCUACAGCACAUUCUGUUUAGUCGGCAGCAGAUACCAGCAGAAGUUAGGGAGAGUCCUUCUUCUUCAGGUGACAAAGGGAAGCCUUCUAAGAAAACACUGGAUAAGGACUCUGGAGAACAAGACAAUAAAAAGGACAACUGAGCCACAAGUAGUAGAAAAAUGCACCAGCAGUAACACAUGUUUAAAGACUUAAUCCUUCCAAUGUGAAAAAGCCUUUGUUACUGAAUAUAAAGGGUAGGGAUGCUGACUACAUAUUGGGCCUGCUCAGUCACUGUAAAGAAUACUGCAUCUGGUAAAUGAGUAUGUUACGGCUAACCAAUAGCUAAUCAUUAUUACUUAGGCAGGGGCCUUGGUGUCCUGAGAAAAAAUGCUAAGCUAGCAAGGGUCAUAUUGCAUCACUUGGAAGAAAUUGCUUUAUAAUUUGAAAUAUGGUGGUUGAUUGUAUUUAAUAAUUUCAAGUAAUAUAUGUUGAUUUGGAUUGGUGAGUAAUAAUUGUGACUGAGAUGUAGAAUAGUGGCUGAAAGAUCCUAAAUUUAUGUUUAAUAAUUUUGAUACAAAAAUAGCAUAUUCAGGGUGAUAAUUUAUAGAAAUGAUAAAUUAUGCAUAUUUUAAAUACCAGAAUAAUCAAAUGUUUAUUUUUUUUCUCUUUUAAAGAUACUAGACUAUUUCUACCUCUACCAAACUUUUUGGGCAGAUUGCUGAUUAAAACUGAAAAUAAUUGUCCUUGUUCUUUUAUAAUACAAACUUUUUCCGGGGGCAUGGCUUGAAGAACAUAACUGAAGUCAUAGUAAGUGGGUAGACCCUACACUUGGAGAACAUAAUCAAAUUUUUAGUAAGAGGAUAGCCCCUACACUGGAGAUUGGUAAACUUAAAAAAAAAUAAAAAAUAAAGAUAAAGUACAACAAUGGAAAAUUGUUACUCUACUACUUCCACAGUUAAACCUUGAUAUCUGCUUCCUCUUUUAUAGUAGAUAUAUUAUACCCAACUGAUUUCUUUAAAUGCAUUAAGGGAUUGUGUAAAUUAUUUUUAGUGGGUGAUGGUUGGAAAACAAACUUCUUUGAACUUGUGUGUUGCAUGUUUUCACUACAGCAUCUUACAGGAUGUACAGUCCUGUCUAUCCAGUUUGUUGUUUGCAAGGUAAGUAGUUAAAGGCUAUUACUUAGUGGUAGGGUUACUUUUUUUAAAUCCAGGUUGAAUGUGAGACAGUAUAUACUUGGUAUAUACUUACAAGCCUUUCAAUCUUGGGAAAAAAAGAGAUUUUCACACUUUUUGGGUUCAAGCAGUUUUUGGAAUCCAACCUUGGUUCAAGGCUCUUUCACUCAUAACAAGGUAUGGGGGAAAUGUAAUAAACAUAAUAAACAGAAACAAACAUUUACAGUGCCAAUAAUUGUUUUGUUCUUUUGCACAUUGUACAGUUUCUAAACCCAUGAGAACACAACUGCGAAUAAAAAAAAUUGUGCAUUUUCAUUUGUUCCAGUGCUUAGUGUAUGUAAUAGUUAUUUUGCACCAAAUUUAUGCCACUUCAGACUGGUCUUAAAAAUGUACAAUUGAAAUUUGCACUUUAAUAAACUGUCUAAUGAACAAUGUUA